AUUAGGUGUUACAUAUACCCACAGUGCUGUCUGCCGUUUGCUUUGGAAUUAGCAUGAAUCUGGCAAACGACACUUCAUCAUGCCCAACCUGAACGCUAGUCUAUGUUUUCUUGCACCACUGCCCAAAUACAAACAAGAGAAGCCUUACCGCAUCAUACCGGGGGCUGAUGAAGCGUUUGACCAUGAAAUCAGCAAUGUCGUGCCGGACAUCCAAGAUGGCAUUCAAAUUGUCGACAUUAGGGAUCGUUUAGGCGAUUUCAAUAUCGAAGACAACGGAUUCGAGGUAUUAUCGCACACUACCUCCUUUCCAAUACUUGAUGAAAGAUCGCAAGUAGAUGCAUACAAAUCGGAGGUGGAACAACUUUUAAAAGAACGUCUUGCCGCCGAAAAGGUUAUCGUUUUCGAUUUCAGGCAUCGUAUCCAUCGAGAAUUCGAGAAGGGCGUCGUCGUCGAUUAUAAUGAUCCUACAACCAAAGAGGGUCCUGCUAUCAUGGCACACUCUGACCACACUUUGGACAGUGGAACAGUUGUUAUCAACUCUUGGUUAUCAGAGGAGGACAAGACAAAAUACCUCACGGGUGAGUGGAGGAUACGUCUAAUGAACACCUGGAGACCGCUCGUAGCUGUUAUCGAAGACCAGCCACUUGCUCUCUGCGAUCCACGAACUGUCGCCCCUGAAGAUCUCUUUGCUUGCGAUCGUGUCGUUGUCAACAAGCUGGGUGAAGUUUAUUUGAUGAGAUACGACCCCAGACAACGGUGGUAUUGGUUGAGCUCGCAAAAGACUUCAGAGCCGUAUGUUUUCCUCACGUGGGAUUCAAAGUCGGAGGGUCAGCCCAGGCUCUGUCCGCAUACUUCAUUUGCUGUCCCUGUCGCACCUGAUGUGCCGCCACGCGAAAGUGUAGAGACAAGGUCUAUAGUCAUCAGCCGGGCAUGAGUCUUCAUAGCACGUUCUUGGGAGACAAGCACUUAUACACGAGCUAUCCAUGUCUCUAGAUACCAAGCUUCGUGAGAAUACAAACGCAUCUUUGGUAUCGUCUUUCAAUCUAUAGACCGGUGUUACCGUGGUGU